GUCGUCGGUGCCGUUGCCCGAACGCCGUCGAUCCGUCCCGCGACCGCGUCCGACCCCGCCUCUUUCCCGUCUCGUCGAUUCGUCCCGUAUGGACCAGUUGCGCAAUCUGCGAUCGUCUUCGAGAUCGUCGAGAUCGUCGCGAUUCGGAGGAGUUCGAAGCGGCGGAUACGCGCGUCAUGACUUCCUGCGGGACGUCGAACCGCGUUACCGAUCCUCGUACCUUGUCCUCCUCCUCCUCCUCCUCCUCCUCUUCGUCGAACAGCGUGUCGAGCGUCGUACGAUGGAGCUGGAACAGCAGACGAACGCUGCUUUGGACAUUUUUGUUCCUACUGGUACUCGUGUUCCCUGCUCUCGCGGAUCCCAAAAAGGAAACGUCAAGGAGUCUCUCCAAAGAAGACGGAGUGUGCCAAAGUAUAGAUAUAAGAAACUAUGUGCAUCAUUUCUCGAGACUAAAGGGAUGCCGACUAGUCGAAGGAUUCGUACAAAUUUUACUAAUUGACAAUGCCGAACCGUCGGAGUUCGUGAACAUUUCGUUUCCGGAGUUGAAGGAGAUCACCGGAUACUUGUUGUUGUACAGAGUAAAGGGAUUGCGGAGCAUCGGUCGACUAUUUCCUAACCUGACCGUCAUUCGUGGCCAUUCUUUGUUCAUCAACUAUGCCCUGGUCGCGUUCGAGAUGAUGAAUUUGCAAGAAAUCGGACUUCACAGUCUGACGACCAUCGUGCGGGGUUCGGUUCGGUUCGAAAAGAAUCCUGCGCUUUGUUACGUGGACACGAUCGACUGGGACUUGAUAGCUAAGGCUGGCAAAGGAGAGAACGUAAUCUCGGGAAACAAUCCAAAGAACGGUUGCCCGGUGUGCGAGAAACACUGUCCACAAAGUUCGACGAAUCCGGACGAGUUCCUCUGUUGGAAUCAGCAACACUGCCAACGAACUUGCGAUGGAAAAUGCGAGAACAACGCUUGCGACGACACGGGGAAAUGUUGUCACAAGUCGUGCCUGGGCACGUGUACCGGCCCAACGAAUCGCGAUUGCGCCGUGUGCAAGGACGUGCUGACCGGGAACAAGGAAUGCAGCGAACACUGUCCGAACGGCACGCUCGAGUUCAUGGAUUAUCGAUGCAUCGACGAGGACACGUGUCUUCGGACGAGAAAACCGCUCGAGUCGGCGUACAACAUAAAGAAUUACCCGUACAAGCCAUUUAACGGUAGCUGCGUGAUAGAAUGUCCGCCAGGUUACAUGGACGAAGAGACGAACGGCAAAGGUUCGUGCAAAAAGUGCGAAGGGCCUUGUCAGAAAGAGUGCGCCGGCGACUUCGUGGAUAGCAUCGCGACGGCACAGCAACUUCGUGGCUGCACCCGCAUAACCGGCAGCCUCGUGAUCCAAAUACGCGGCGGUAAAAAUAUCGUGAAAGAGCUCGAAGACAGUCUGAGUACGAUCGAGGAGAUCGACGGUUAUCUGAAGAUCGUGCGUAGCUUUCCGCUGAUAUCGUUGAAUUUCCUGAAAAACUUGCGGGUGAUACGAGGCAACGAAAUCAACAACUCGAAAUACUCUUUGCUCGUGAUGGACAAUCAGAAUCUCCAAGAACUGUGGGACUGGAGCUGGCAUCGGGACAUCAAGAUACUCUCGAAAGACGGGCCUGGCAAGAUUUUCUUCCACCUGAAUCCGAAGCUGUGCCUUUACAAGAUCGAGAUGCUGCGAGAAAAAGCGGGCGUGGCUCCUUUCACGGACUACGAGGUGGCGCCGAACAGCAACGGCGACAAGGUGGCCUGCAACGUGACCGAGCUGAAGACCAGGGUCGGAAAGAAGUCGGCGUAUGGCGCGGUGAUCGAGUGGGAGCCAUUCGUUCAUCACGACGUGAGAUCCUUGCUGGGUUACGUGGUCUACUUCAUCGAGGCACCGAACCAAAAUGUCACGAUGUACGACGGACGGGACGCGUGCGGCGGCGACGGAUGGAAAGUGGACGACGUACCCGCCGGCAGCAACACCAACAGCAACGCCGACAGCCCGCCGAUCAACGGGUCGAAGUCGAUCGGCCAACAGAAGAGGAACAUACACGCGCACUACCUGUCCCGACUGAAGCCCUACACGCAGUACGCUUAUUACGUCAAGACUUACUCCAUCGCCACGGAGAAGUCGGGUGCGCAGAGCAAGUUGACGUACUUCAGGACGAUGCCGGAUGCUCCUAGCUCGCCGUUAUCUCUCAAUACAUGGAGUAAUUCGAGCAACGAACUCCACAUGUCUUGGUUACCGCCGCUCCACAAGAACGGAAAUUUGACGCACUAUCGAAUCUUUGGCCGAUGGGAACCGGACGAUCCCAACUUCAUCGACCAGAGAAACUAUUGCGAGGAACCCAUGUUGUUGCCGGACAAAAAAGCGAUCUCGCUCGCGGAAGAAGAAAGGAAGCGAAUGGAGGAGGAGAAAGAGCAGAGCGUGACGCCGGAAACGGGAACGUGCGAGUGCGCGGAUCGAGAAACCGAUCAGUCUUUGCGCGAAAAGGAGGCGUCCAGUUCGAUCGCUUUCGAGGACGCGCUGCACAAUCAGGUGUACGUGAAGCGGAAGUCGUCCAGCAGAAGAAAACGCGAGCUCGAUCAAAUAUCGUAUUCGUCUUCGAAAACGUCGAAACCGUCGGAUCAGCCCAUCGUGGACAAGAUGGAGAACGGCACGUACGUGGUGUUCGAGCGUCUAGUGCCCAGUACGAAUCUCUCGUUCGUGAUGAAGAAUCUGCGCCACUUCGCCGCCUACAUCAUCGAGGUGCAGGCGUGUAGAGCGCAGGAAAUGAACGACACGUACAAGAAGUGCUCGACCAAGAGCAUGAGAACCUAUCGUACGCUGCCGAUGAAGUCUGCUGAUAAUAUUCCCCCGAAUACGUUCAAGAUGAGUAUAUCCGGCGAGAACAACAGUCUCACGAUGGUCACGCUUCAAUGGGACGAACCGCCGCAACCGAACGGUCUCAUCAUCACCUAUCAAAUCGAAUACAAAAGAGUCGACAUUUUAACCUACAAUCCAACGGUAGUCUGCAUCACCAGACGAGAUUUCACGAAAGAGGGCAAUUCGUACGUUCUGAAAGAAUUGCCAUCCGGUAACUAUUCCGUGAAGGUUCGAGCUACCAGUUUGGCGGGUUAUGGUGACUAUACGCAGGUCAAGUAUUUUUACAUCGAGGAACGAAACACGAUAGGUGUAUUCUGGCUGAUCUUCUGGCUGCUGUUGUGCGGGACUGUGAUGUUUCUCAGUUUCGGCUCGUUCUACGUGUACAAACGAAAGUACGCGAGAAACGCGUCGAACGUGACGCUGAUCGCCACGGUGAAUCCGGAAUACGUUAGCCCCCCGUACGUGUUGGACGAGUGGGAGGUGCCCAGGGAGAAGAUAGAGCUGCUCCGGUCGUUGGGCAACGGUUCGUUCGGUAUGGUGUACGAGGGAAUAGCCAGAGACAUCGUAGAGGGUAAACCGGAAGUACGGUGCGCCGUGAAGACGGUGAACAAGGACGCGACCGAUCGGGAACGUAUCGAGUUCUUGAACGAGGCCUCCGUGAUGAAGGGUUUCGACGCUCAUCACGUGGUGAAAUUGUUAGGCGUGGUAACGCGCGGUCAACCGACUUUGGUCAUCAUGGAACUGAUGGUUAACGGCGAUUUGAAAACGUAUCUGAGAAGUCACAGACCGGACACUUGCGAGAACGCGAACGUGCCACCGAAAUUGGACCGAAUACUGCAGAUGGCGAUAGAGAUAGCCGACGGCAUGGCUUAUCUUUCCACCAAGAAGUUCGUGCACAGAGACCUGGCAGCUCGCAAUUGCAUGGUCGCCGAGGAUCUGACCGUGAAAGUGGGCGACUUCGGAAUGACCAGAGACAUCUACGAGACGGAUUAUUAUCGGAAGGGAAGCAAAGGAUUUCUGCCGGUCAGAUGGAUGGCGCCGGAGAGCUUGAAAGAUGGCAUGUUCAGUAGCCGUUCGGACGUGUGGAGCUACGGGGUCGUGCUGUGGGAGAUGGUGACUUUCGCGUCGCAGCCUUAUCAAGGUUUAUCGAACGAUCAGGUUUUGCGAUACGUGAUCGAGGGCGGUGUCAUGGAAAGACCGGAAAAUUGCCCCGAGUUGUUGUACGAACUGAUGAAACGUACCUGGAGGCACAAAGCUGCCGAACGACCCACGUUCAUGGACAUCGCGACCAUGUUGCUGAAACACAUCGAUUCGGAUAGUUUCAAGCUGGUCAGUUUCUACCACAGUUCGAAGGGAAUCGACGCUAGGAACCAGAACAGAUCGACGUCGCCGCAAAUUGAUCAACACCUGGGAUUGACCGCGUUACAGGAUUCCCAAGACGAGGACGCGGAAGACGAGGAAGACUCUCCGUUACGGCAACAUUUCGGAGACUUCGCAAGCUUCGAGCCCAGCAUCGUGAAGAACAGCUUCAGUCCUCGUUAUAGAGCAGACUCUUACGGCGAAAACUCGAAAGCGACCGCCACUUGCCAAGAUUUCAAUUCCUCGAACGUGCCUUUGAAGGCUGUCUUCGACGAUUUCGACGGUGUCUCCGCGGAUUCGGUCAUUUCCGGGAAAGACGCGUUGAACUUGCCCUUCGUCGAGGACAGUUUCAAGUCCGUGAAGAGUUCGCCUUUCGCGACAGCCAAGAGCGUGUCGCGCAGCAACCUCAGCCAACUGUCGACCGGCAACAGAUCAGCUAGCCCGAAGAGCACAGGCAAACGAAGCUUUCUGAGUAGCCCGAAUUCAUCCAGACUAGCGAAUCUUCCGGACUAUGAGAACGGUAGCCCCGAAAUCCUGCCCGCCGUCAACAAGAGAGAAACAAUGCCAUUACGAGUUGAUUUCCCUUCUAUGGACGCCAUUGACGUGGACAAUAGACUCGAAAAGAAAGAAACAUUCUCCGAUUCUGACUUUACGAACAAAUCAGAGAAUUUAAAUAAUGGUUACAUCGGAGGUGCAACCACGUAAUCUCGCGUUCACGGCAGCAGGAUUUCGGGAGCGAAUUCCCCAGAGAACCACGAUAUUUCGUAUUUCCAUGAUCGAUCGAACGUUUCAAAGAAGCAGUGUCUGUGCAACGAUGUUUCCUUAUAAAUCUCCCAGGACGAGAAGGAGAAAGAACUCGAUCUCGAACGGGCGGCGUGUUCUGCACAGACUCGGGCACGAGCUCUGACGCCCUGUAGAAUCGGAACAUAUAUUAUUCGUAAGUUGUAUCUUUUUAAACUCUUGGACGCGACGAUGUUUCGUUCAUAUUUUUAUCCCCCGAGUAAACGGGUCUGUUUUCGCGGGAACACGUAUCGACGAAUCGUCGUUUUCCUCUCUCUGUCUCCUGGUGUAAUCUUGUCCUGUCGCUUUCGCGGAAAACCUCCGAUUUUCCGCGCGUCCAUGCUCGUUCGCAACAGCAGACACUGCCUUUUUGUUACGACAACGGAAGAAGGCGCGACCCGAAAACGAGACGGAUUCGAGACGACCAAGCAACGAGGAAAACAUUCGCUUCCUUUCGUUCGCACCGCCUUAGAGAAUUUUCCAAAGUGACGAUUAAGCGACGACGCAGCGACUAUUUUACGAUCGAACGCGCUUAAUUGCCAUUUUGUACGGUUAUAGGCUUUUUACGCUAUCGUACAUUAUAGAUUAAGAUUAUGUUCGUUUGGGGGAGAGCAUAUAGUGUAUAUACGAUUGGUCGCGAUUCUCGAUCGCUCGUUCGAUUUGACGUGAUCCGAAUCGCUCGAAUUCAGGAGUUAUCGGUCGCUUUUUCUUUUCCGUUUGGCCACGAGGAACCUCGUCCCGUUCUGGCGACUCGAUUCGUUCAACGAAAAUCUCUCUAUUUUACUCCUCGAAAUCGUGCAAUAGAAUCGUUCGCGGUAUGUCCUCGAUCUUUCUUGCUCUUCUUCAUUGGUGCUAACGCGAGCGAAUCGAAAGCGAAAAAGAGCAAGAACGAGUACGAAUUUUCUCGUGCCUGCCGUGCGACUACCGCAAACGUAUCGAUAGAAAUUCUGAUUGGACGAGGGAUCGUUCGAUUCGCGAGAACGUGUACAGUGUACGUACGUCGACGAAAACCCCUAGAUGCAGCCAAGAGGAAAGAAUCGAUCGCGAGCAACGCGAUACGCGGUUGAAUGUAGACGUUAACGAGCCUCUAAUACAGAAGACUGAUUAGCUAAUCCCAUUUAUUACGCCCGUAUUCGCUGAGUAAGUUAAACGUUAUCGAACGAAAUGGUAGAAGUUCCAUACACGUGUAUAUGUAUAUACGUAUUUUCUCGUCUCUCCGCAACGGCUAUUCUCCUUUGUUUUUCUUUCGUUCGUUCGUUUCUUUUUUCUAUUCACCUUCGGUUCACGCCUCGUCGAGUGUUCAUCGGAACCGUUGACUCGCGAGAUGACCGCGAAUAUUCGAACCGGUAAUCCUAGUGUCCGUACAAGAUAUGCGACCUUUCUCCCGAAGAAUCGUUACGAUUCGUAGGAACACGCGAGUAACGAGAAGAAAACGAAAAGUAGGAUUUUUUUUUUUUUUUUUUACGUGUCGGACAAGAAAAAUGAAAUUCGAUUCGUCCGCGGAUUGAUGGCAUCCGUGUUCGUUGUUCGUAGGGUGGUAUCGACCUCGCGGAACGUUCUUUUCCGCCGGCACGAUCGGUAUAGCCUGACCGCUAUAACAAGAUUCGAGCACCAACGACCUAAUACCAAAUACCUAAUCUAUUCUAAUUAACAUGCUUGAACGCAUCGCCGUACGUUUUGGUCGAAGCAACGAGAAUCGUACAAAACACGUAACGCGCGAAGGAGAGCGCGAUCUAGACUCGGUUCAACGUCGAUCUUCUUUCCAAGAAAUUUUCUCGUCGAAGCACGCGCGACUCGGCUCGGCUCGUUGCGUCGCGAUCGAAUCCUCUGUUCUACGUUCGUUCUCUUCUCGUCGAGACUAAAGUGCCAAGAAGCGGGAGCCGACGAGAGAAGAGUCGACGUCGCGCGGAAGCUUUACCGUCUUUCUUUUUCUUCUUUUUCGUAGCAGCUCACGCUCGCUGAACGCUUUAAGUUAAUAAGAAAGAGGAACGGAACGCGAACCGAUCCAUCGAUCGAAUGGAAUUCGGUCAUGCGUGACUGGUCAUUGUAUUAUAAACUUUCGUGAAGCCUCGCUCGUAUUUCGAAGUAUUUAGUGUUACACGGAUAAAAAGAAAGAAACCAGUUAACGCUUAGGUCGCGCCCGCACUUUGUGCCCGGGCAUUCGCAAAUCCGCGUACGCCGACGACGCUGUAAGAUUAAUCGGAAAUGUUUCCUACGCAGCGACGAAUUCUCUCUGUAUCGUACAAAAGGCGGCUCGUGGCUAUAAAAGAAAAAAAAGGAAAUUUCUUAGGCCUAUAUACAUAUAGUUUUGAGAUGGUGUAAUAUAACGUAUACAUUAUACAUAUACAUAUAUAUAUAUAUGCAUAUAUUUAUACACAUAUACGUAUAUGUGUAUAUAUGUAUAUCAAGGAGAAAUAUGCUGGCACUGAGAGGAAACGUGCACGUACAAUUACGCGAGACGAGUGCGCAAGGUAUGCGUGAGAAUGAAACGAAAACGCGACGAAACGCGUGUCCGUGUACGAUUAACGUUUUAAACGAAUGACUGACGAGGUAUGUGUAGACGCGUGAGCGAGUGCGUGUACGCGAAAUCCGACGCUAGCGAUCGCAGCGAAACAGGAACACAGGCCCUCCGUUCGAGCGUCAUUCGUGCCCGGCAAGUAAGCGCGCGCGAUUCGAGCGUCGCCGCGAGAAUCGAUCCGACGACGCGUCGCGAUCGAUCGAUCACGAUCGUUUGUCCGUCGAACAUUACGUUCCAGUGUUCGUUGAUCGUAGUACGAUGUGCCGUGUAUCGAAUUUCUCGGCAAAACUACAAACAUUUCAUUCCUCGAUUCAUCGAAACAUUUCCUGAUUUCCUGAAUCACUGGUCACUCUCGAAACACUUAUUUCACGCAUGCUACUUCGUUUUCGGAAGCUUUUAUCUUUAGUUUUUACCUAACGAUUAGAUGUCGCGAGUAACGUCUGUAUUUUCGUUUACUUCAUUUUUUCCUUUCUUGACAGAAGAGAUCGACUCGUUACGGAUCUCUUUACGGAUCUUAUGAUAAGUAUGAUACACGUCGAGGACUGUCCUCUUGUUCCUAUUUCGUAUCGUUUCAUUAUCCGUUUCUUCUUUGUACUCUUUUAACUCUGCGAUUUACGUACGGUUAGUCAUAGAUGUAACACGAGUAACCUAAGAUUUUUUUCUUUCUCUUUUUUUUUUUUUUUUUUUUUUUUUUUUUCAAUUUACGUUUAAGCGAAGUUUAUUAGAGAUACGUUCGACGGUCGGGCGAAAUUCGACGACAUUUUUCUUUCGAGAUUUCGUCCUCGAGGAUCAGAAUUCAUACUUUAUAUUCCUUACUUGUUUUAGUUCGUUUCGACGACGCGCAAAGUUUGCCUCUCGGUUCUGUCCAAGAUCGAUUCCUCACGCGACUGCUCAAUAUUAGAUUGCUCAAGCCCGAUAUUAGAUUGCGAAACCGAUCAGGGAAACAUUGAUGCAUGCUCCGUACAGAGAUUCAACUAAAAUCGAAUGGCUAAGGAAAUCUAAUUUCCUUAUUUUCUCGUUCAUUUUCUCUCGCCGUUUCACCCGCCUCCCUUUCCAUCGACACGUUUAAUCCCGCGAUUUCAUUCUACUUCCUGAUCAUAUUUCGUAUCCGCGAUUCCAGUGCGUACGCGCACGUUUGUCUUACUGGACGAAAAACGGACAGAGAGACUACCCACCCAAGCCCGACUUCCUCGGAGUUGACAAACUAAUUUUUAUAGGGAUCUUGUAGGCGAAGUUUUUCUACGCUGAACUGUAUUUUGCAUAAGGACAAGAGUCGAGAGAAUAUUUUAAAGAAAAACCGUAUCGCGUAUUGUUAAUAAUCCGACUUGUUAAGGGACGAUCGUACUCUUAGUAUUGUUACGUUAAGCCCGUGAGAAAAAUAUUGAGAAAACCGCAAGCCUGUUAUUUCACCCCGUAUCCUCGCAAAGGAUGUACCUACUCUCCGUUGUAAAGGAUCAUCGUUUUCUUAUCACCUUUUUCCCCGGUAAAUCGAUAGACUCGGCUCGUUCCCUUUUCGUUUCUUUUAUUUCCUUAUUAAGUACACGUGCCUCUUUUGUCGAGGUGACCGACAUAUAUUUGUUCGUUAGACGGGUGAACGUUUUUUCCUAUUAUUUAUUUAUUUUUUGUAUAUACAUUAUUGUCCUAUUUAUUUGUCAAUAAAGAGCUUGCGAUACGCGGAUA